AUGUCGUGCUACGAAAACUUCCUAGCCGGUGUGCCAACGACAAAUCCAACAGCAGCAAUUCCGAAUCUGCUUGAGACGAUUCAAGCCAUCCAAUAUUCGACGCCGUCAACUUCAGCGUCAACGUCGACAUCCAUUUCGCCGACGAUGACAAUGCCAUUUUUUCAGCCCGCUAUAACUCCUCCGUUGGAUCCGGCGAUUUCGCUACUCCUUCGUCAAUUAAAUUUAACGUCUCCAACACUGUCAGUUGAUCAGAUCUCGUUGGCGGCACUCGCUGCUAGUGAAACCGAGAAGAUGCGCCGCAGAUCGCUCAGCGAACAAUCGACGUCAACACUAGAUCACAUCGAGGCCGCCCGUCGACGCUUCUCAGAGUCGCUUUUAACCAAUUAUGACCCUGCCAGAUGGUUGAGUCAGUUGCUUCCAACGUUUCCAGCACUUCAGAUGCCGCCGCCAUCACCUGUUGAUCCGACACCUAAUCUCACGUUGUCGGGGACCAUUCAACCGACUGAUCUCUCACCGGCCCCAGCUUCCAAGAAACCACCACGCAAACAGAGAACCAUUUAUGGCGUGAAACAGACCGAAGUUCUCGAGGAAGCUUUCAAUUCGCAGAAGUACAUGGUCGGCGUUGAGCGCGAGAUGCUCGCCAGAGAUUUGGGGCUUUCCGAGGCGCAAGUUCGCGUCUGGUUUCAGAACAGACGAAGCAAAUUUCGGAAAGUUCACGUUCCGAAGGAGAAUUAG